AUGUCCCUGCUGGGUAAUCUGAGCUCGGCUAACUUCAUCUCGACCAAUCGCCAUCCUGCACCUCUCGAUCCCCUGAAAGACGACGACGAUACUUUCCAGUCACGAACCUUGGAGCCGUCUCGUCCUACGAACCUGCCACCGACCGCCGUAGAUGCGCCACCAAACCCUCACAUCAACUCGCCGCCGCCGCUACAGCCAGGCUUCGCGAACAAACCAACGAUCGCUGCGCCUGAGGCCGCAAUAGCCGCCACCCGAAGACGACAACCUGGCACCGGAAGGAACUCGCCAGCAUCAAGACGUCGAGGCCCCAACAAUCACACAUUACCUCCACCCUUCCGCAAUCGCGCCGCAGGAUCUAAUCCUCCUAAUCGUAUACCUCGCCGAAUUGGCGGUCCUGGGCGUCUUUGGAACCCGACUAAUUCUACCCCCAGGGUCCCGCCCACGCAGUCAGUUCGACCGGCUCGUCAAUCUCGCAAACGACGUCCCUCGACGCCUCCGCCUCCAUCAGUACCCCUUGUUCACCCGACCAUCAAUAUCUCGUCCGAUCCGAACGAUCCCAUCAGUACUAGUGCCGGCAGAUACCCACUCCUCACUCUCCCUGAGCAGAUACAAAACCGACAUUCGGCACCCAUCCGUGCUAGCCUUCAAAUUGAGGGACGAGAAAGUGGGGAUACGAGAAUCAGCCUGCCCAGCUCGGUCCGCCAUUCUUACGACGUCAAACGUGCGUCCGAUUCGCCACCAAAGUGGGGGGAGGCCGAGGCCAAGCCGUCAGAACCCAAAUCGAAAGACGAUAAUCCUUUGGUCGACGCCCUGCGAAAACGAGGUCAAAGCGUCACCAAGCGAGCCCGAGCCAUAAGUUUUGGUCUUGUCCGCCCUGAUAGUUCUGCCAGUACACCCAAGAAAGUCGAUAAAGGCAAAGGAAAAGCAGUCAUGUUACCAACCAGCGAUGAAGACCCCAGCAGCGGGUUUACCCAGGACCUAGAGCGAGGCCCUGAUGUCCUUGGUCGUCAGCGCAAUGCGUCAAACCUGUCUUUACCAGAUGGCAUCUCGGCUGUAUCGAGCAAUUCGUCCAUUAUGGGCGAUCCUGAUCAACCUGAUACGGGCGAGGAAUGGGGCCCCCAACAUCCAUGUUUCCCACACAUAAACCCCCACGUACCAAUCAACUCUCAAGAGUACACGACCACCCGCAUAAUACGUGUCCGGAGAGACUGGCUGAUUGAAGGUGACUUGGCACCGACCUUUUCCAACUUGUACCCGGAAAUCCUGGAUCCUGCCGGCGUGUCAGAACAAGAGUUUCGCCGAAUAAUUGAAAAGAUCAACGGCGAGCUCGUUGCCACCUUCAACCCUUAUUACUGGAGAAAUAUCCUCGAUGGUGUGCUCGGACUCGUCACCGGCUGGAUCUGGGACGAUAUGGGCCUGACAAACGCCAAGAUUAGGCUCAGGAGCUUGGAGUCUUGGAUCGAGAAGUGGAACGCCGAGAUGGAGAAGACGGUGGGCUCGGAAGAGGGCACCACAGCUCCAAGAAUCGUUCCACUUAGACGGACAGGAUACAUGAAUCUCGAUAUACAGAUACCAGAUCCGGAGGUCUCAAUCUCGAACAGUGAGCCCGCUUCGAGGUCAGGACCACAUUUGCCAGCUGAGCCCGGUCCUGCGACUCUGGGCGAACCACACACUGUGCCAUGA